CAGUGCUUACAGCUACAGAGAUACCUUCCCUCAAAAUGUGGCUUUCUCAUGUUAGGAUUUCUUCGCUUCCUUCACAGCACAAAACACCUUCAAAUGCUGAAUGAAUAACAAGAGCCUUCAACAUCAAUGCUCCAAUAACAGCUUUGGAGCUUUGUCUCUUUUUGUUUUAGAUCUGAUCCUUUACUCUUUAUCAAAUGAAUGUGUUGUUGUAGUGUACUAUACAAGUGAUUGAUGAAGUAAGUUAUUGCUUUGUGCAUAUAAGGUGUUUGUGUUUUGGUCUGUUUGAGAGCUAAAGUGCUUUUAUAGUUAUGGCUCCAAGAUUGGAUUUUCCCAAUUGGUGGAGUAAGGACACACAUGAUAAAGGAACAACAACAACACCAGUGGUGGUGAAAAUUGAGAAUCCCACUUUCUCUGUUGUGGAGAUUAAUGGUGCAGAUGCUGCAUUCCGGCCGGUGGAGAAGAGCCGCGGCAAGAAUGCGAAACAAGUCACAUGGGUUCUGCUUCUCAAGGCUCACCGUGCCGUCGGCUGCAUUGCUUGGCUUGCCAGUGUAAUGUGGACAUUGCUUGGAGCCAUCAAGAAAAGGAUAGUUCAUGGACAGGGUGUUGCUAUGGAGGGCGAGAGUGACAAGUUGGAGAGAGGGAAGUUGUUGUUUAGAGUCAUUAGAGUGUUCUUGGUGGUUUCAUUGGCUGUUCUUGCAUUUGAAAUUGUUGCUUACCUUCAAGGAUGGCAAUUCAGGAACCCAAAUUUGCAUAUUCUUCCGAAUGCCUUGGAUUUUGAGGGGUUACUCCACAUGGCGUAUGUUGGUUGGCUGAGGUUUCGUGUUGAAUACAUCGCGCCGCCUGUACAAGUACUCUCGAAGUUCUGUGUUGUUUUGUUUCUUAUCCAAUCCCUGGAUCGUAUGGUUCUUUGCAUGGGAUGCUUUUGGAUUAGAUACAAGAAUGUUAAGCCAAGGUUUGCUGGGGAUCCCUUCAAGGUUGAUGAUGUUGAAGGAUCUGCAAGCCAUUACCCCAUGGUUCUGAUUCAGAUUCCAAUGUGUAAUGAGAGAGAGGUGUAUGAGCAGUCUAUUUCAGCGGUCUGCCAAAUUGAUUGGCCUAGGGAUUGUUUACUGAUUCAAGUACUCGAUGAUUCUGAUGAUGAGAGCAUACAGUGCUUAAUUAAGACCGAGGUCUCCAAAUGGAGUCGAAAGGGAGUCAACAUAAUCUAUAGGCAUCGGUUAAACAGGACUGGAUAUAAAGCUGGGAAUCUCAAAUCUGCAAUGAGCUGCGACUAUGUGAAGGGCUACGAGUUUGUUGCAAUUUUCGAUGCAGACUUUCAACCAAAUCCUGAUUUUCUUAAACAAACUGUGCCACAUUUCAAGGACAAUCCUGAACUAGGUUUGGUCCAAGCUAGAUGGUCUUUUGUGAACAAGGAUGAGAACUUGUUGACUCGUCUCCAAAACAUUAACUUAUGCUUCCACUUCGAGGUAGAACAACAGGUCAAUGGACUAUUUCUCAAUUUUUUUGGUUUUAAUGGAACUGCUGGUGUUUGGAGGAUCAAAGCCCUUGAAGAAUCUGGAGGCUGGCUUGAGAGGACAACGGUAGAAGAUAUGGACAUUGCAGUCCGAGCUCAUCUCAAUGGAUGGAAGUUUAUCUUCCUAAAUGAUGUUAAGGUGCUUUGUGAAGUUCCUGAGUCAUAUGAAGCUUAUAGGAAGCAGCAACACCGUUGGCAUUCAGGUCCUAUGCAACUUUUUAGAUUGUGCCUCCCUGCAAUUGUUAGAUCUAAGGUGUCAACAUGGAAGAAAGCAAACUUAAUACUCCUCUUUUUUCUUUUAAGGAAACUAAUUCUUCCCCUUUAUUCCUUCACCCUGUUCUGUAUAAUUCUUCCUUUAACCAUGUUCGUGCCUGAGGCUGAGCUUCCGUUGUGGGUGAUUUGCUAUGUGCCGGUUUUCAUGUCAUUCCUUAACAUCCUCCCUGCCCCAAAAUCUUUUCCUUUUAUUGUUCCUUACCUUCUUUUUGAAAACACCAUGUCCGUCACCAAAUUCAAUGCAAUGGUAUCUGGACUCUUCCAAUUAGAGAGCUCUUAUGAAUGGAUUGUGACAAAGAAGGCCGGAAGGUCAUCUGAUUCUGAUUUGUUGGAAGCCGAACAAAGGGAAGCCAAGUCGAUAGAGCAUCAAAAGAUCCAUAAAGGAGCUUCUGAGAGCGAACUUGUUGAGUUACACCACUUUAAGGAACAAAAAGAAUCUGCUCCAACACCUAUCAAGAAAGCUAAUAAGAUUUACAAGAAAGAGUUGACUUUGGCAUUCCUCCUCCUCACUGCUUCUGUCCGGAGUCUAUUAUCAGCACAAGGAGUUCACUUCUACUUUCUGCUUUUCCAAGGGGUGACCUUCCUCCUAGUCGGUCUCGACUUGAUUGGAGAGCAAAUGAGCUAGUUUUCAUUUUCAAUGCAGCUGAGAAGAGAGUGUGAAAACACCGUUCCGGAUUUAUUGAUCAAGUUGCUAUCAAGCAGCAAAAUGAGCAAUGCAGUAAGGGAAAGUACAAUCUUUGUUUUUUUUUUUUUUUACCAAAGGAUUUCUUUGUUGUUCAACUAUAUCCAUUUUCUUUUUCACACUGAUUGAUUCCAAGUAUUCAAUGUAAAAUCUUCAGUUAUUUUCAUUGUGUUCUUGAGUUGUAUUUGGGAUUGGGAGUUAUGAUUUGAGUUUUCUUGUUUUACCACUCCACAUGUCUUAGUGGAGUGCAUCUUCAUUGAUAGUUGAUUCAUAGAUUCAUAGGUGCCUUCUUGGUAAAAGGGGUAUGCAAAGCAACAAAUCUUUCUGUAAAUUCAUUGUUAUCUAAUGUAAUCAAUAAUUUUUAUUC